GGCGAUCAAGGACAAGCUGGAGCAUGGGAAAGGACAAGAGGCGAAGGGCGCAGAGCAAGCAUUCUUCGCCGACGGUGAGGGCCGCAGGGAGCGGUACUCAAAGAGUCAGGGGCAAGGUCGUGGUCGUGGCGGCGGCCGUGGCCGCAGCAGCAGUCGUGGCCGCGGCGGCGGCGGUCGCGGCGGCCGCUCAGGCGGACCCGGAGGAGUCGAGGAGAGCAAGGAAAGCAACAGUGGAGGCGCCCAUGGCGGCGGUGGCGGGGACUAUACGGUCUCGGGCCGGUGCCUUCGACUUCGUGCCGUGGUGUGCGCGCUGCGAGGGGCGAGGCCACACCAAAGAAACGUGCGCGACGGAGGAGGCCGUCCUAGCGCAAGUGGUGGAGCAUGAGAGCGACGUGGACUCCGUGGAAGACCAGGCGUUUUGUGCCGUGGCAGUCCCCCCAGGCGAGAAUGGUACCGUUGGUGAAGUAGGUCUAGUGGGGGUUGUGGAACAAGGCCAGGCGGUGUACGUGGCCGACACAGCGGCCACGUGCUCCAUGUUCCGAUGUGCAGACAACUUCGUGAACUACCGUGAGCGUAGCGAUUGGGUGAAGGGGAUCGGAGGCGACAAGGUCCCCGUUUCUCUUCUAGGAUACGGAGAUGUGACCUUAGUCCUAGAGACGGAAGAUGGUGGAGUACCCGUACCAGUACUGAAUGCUGCGCAUGAGGCCCCCUACAACCUCCUCUCGCUGUCUUCGUUGGCGGAGGAGGGCCACACGUAUUCGGGGAUGAAGGGGGGCCUCACGCUGACCACGAAAGCCGGGGGGGACGUGUGGUUCCCCCGGACUGGAAAGCUGCUGACCCAACGAGGCUAUCAAAUAAGGCCUACGCUACACACCGCCUGUGCCGCACUCAUUGUUCCUGGCGAUGCGAAAGCAGCCCACCCCACUGACCUCAACGAGUACCACCUCGCGCACGGCCAUGCCCACGAGACAUUGCUCAGGAUCACGGCGGAGCAGCAGGGAGUGCAGCUGACGGAUGGACCGCUGCUACCCUGUCUUGACUGUUCGAUGUCCAAGGUACAGGUGAAACCCGUCCAGAAGAGCACGAGCACACGCGCACUGCCACCUCUCGCACAUGGCGAGGAGGGCGGGGAGGGUGAGAGCAGAGCGGAUGCAUCACGCCAAGAUUGGGGGGGGGGGAGAGACUCAGAGAGUGAGUCCGACCUCAACGUGAUGGAGGCUCGAGCGCCAGGGCUAGCGACGCCGUUUGUGCGCGAGGAGGCGCCGACGGCACCGGGCAACGGAAUUCCGGGGGACGGAGGCAGCGUUCCCCCGUCGCCCCCUUCGGGAAGGGGCGACUUCGGCGGAGGCAGUGACAGCCCCACCGACAGCAGCAGCAGCAGCAGCAGCAGCAGCCCGAGCAGCAGCACCAGUGACGCCGGCGGUGCCGGCGGCCCGGGCGGCGAAGAGUCCAGCGACCCAGGUGGGGACGGCGGUAGCGGUGGUGAUCCCGGCGACUCCGAGAACCUCGAGGAGAUGAAGUAUGAUCCAGCCGACGACCGCUACCCCCGCGGGCUAGAAGGGAAGAAACUCCUCUGGGGCGCCUCGAACGCUGGCCCGCUGCGCCAUGGACUUGAGAGUGGCCGCACGCGGAAGCAGACCCGGCGCGAGAUGCAGGAGGUGUUGGGCCCGGAACAGCAGGCGUUCGGGGCCGAGGUCGACGCCAGCGGGUCCUCGCAACCACUCCCAGACCCACAGCUAAGUAUGACCUCGCCAAUCGGGCAGGAGCCGAGUGAUGUGGAAGCAGUACCGAUGACGUACAAGGAUGUGAUGUGUUCCAAGCCGAAGAGAAAUGACGCGCCCGCGGUGGAUAAGCCUGUGAGGAAGGCGAUCGGAUGCCUGAUGUGGACGAAAGUGACGAGGCCAGACAUCGCCCUGCCUCUGAACAAGCUCCAGAAGAUCGCCCACUCACCCACCGGGAGGAUAUGGAACGCGCUUGUGCGGAUCAUGUCCUACCUGAACUUCACGAAGGACUUCGGCAUCACCUACGUACGAGGGUCAGGACUAGACCUUAGCGUGUUUGUCGAUGCCCGCUACGCUGAAAACGAAGUAGGCAGGCGUUCUACGACCGGGCUAGCUGACGUGAAGGAGGCGUUGUUUGCGUGGCGUUCUGUCGUCCAUAGCGCCCGAGACGAGUGGGGCGAAGAUCAAGGUCCUUGAGGACAACAAGGGGGCUCUCGCCU